AAGCCACACGCCGAGCUGCUGUGCUGAGGAUCUAGAACCUUCUCUCGAGUGUUUACAUGCACGCUACUGAGAUUGUCAUCCAGUUUUAGAUGUCGUUUACUUUCGUUAUCAUUUGCAUUCAGUGGAUCGUUUGCAGACUUUUAAAGAGGAAAAAGUUCCUCACUUCAGACAGUAAUGAUGCCCGCUCAGAUGCCUGACCCCAUGGUGCCGGCCGGUUCUCUGCCCAGCUUGUCUCCUCUGGCCGGCUUUCCAGACUCCACGCUGACGGAGCAGCUCAAACUAGCCGAGAUGUUCAGCCUGCGAGGGUCGGCGACGCCCAUAGAGCUCAUACACCCCAGCAAACGCCCCUUCAGCCUCCUGCAGAGCGAGAUGGCUGAUGAAGAUGAGAGGAGGAAGAGGAGGAGGGAGAAGAACAAAGUUGCAGCAGCGCGCUGUCGAAACAAGAAGAAGGAGAGAACGGACUUUCUGCAGAAAGAGUCGGAGCGCUUGGAGCUGCUGAACGGGGAGCUGAAGGCUCAGAUCGAGUCUCUGAAGCAGGAGCGUCAGCACCUCGUCCUGAUGCUCAACCUGCACCGGCCCACCUGCAUCGUUCGCACAGACAGCAUCCGGACCCCCGAGACGGAGCAGAACCCGCUGCUGCAGCAGCUCCCCGAUCACUGACAACCGCACACCCCAA